ACGUCAGCGGAAGUAUUCUGAGCGUGCGCAGGCCGGGGUCACAUUGGUUCAGUUUUGUAAUGUUUUGAGAAACACCACCAUAAUGGAGGCAGCUAACGCAGAGGAGAUCCAGCUGAGGCAUGUGGAGACAGAUGUCCUGAUCCCCAAGAUGAUGAGGGAGAAAGCCAAGGAGAUCUGUGCAGAGAAAGUUGAAGCCUUCAACCACUGCUGUAAAGAAUCUGGUUUCCUCAUGGUGUUAAAGUGUCGAGAAGAGAAUGCUGCACUGAAGGAAUGUCUGACAAUACACUAUAAGGACCCUAAGUUCUUCGAGGAGUGUAAGCAGGAGUACAUCAGAGAGAAACUGGAGUUUGAGCAGACAGGAAUCCCAGCAAAGAACAGGAAACAAAAACUCCCAACUAGCAUGUAAUAAACGACAUGACGUCCCUCCUUUCAUGGUAAAGGUGUGGAGUGUAAGGAUCUGGCCAUAACCAGUCCUACAAGUCCUACACACCAAGGAUACAUGGUCAUGUGGCAGGGUUUAUUACUCAUAAAGGCACAAGCCUUUGUACUUUAUUUAAAUCUGUGGAAUUUCUGACUGAAACUACUUUGGUGGGGCCAGAGCGGUAUAUAAUCAAAAUAAUGCCUGUUUUUAUGUUCUGUAUAUUUGCAAAAUUUUCUCCGUCAGAUGGUCAGAACUAUCUUCCUCCCUUGAUUGAAUCAGCAGAAUUUACAUUACAUUUACCAAUCAGCUUAUUGAAUUAUAAAAAAUACAGAAAGAUACCAUCAUGGUACAGUCACUUCCUGUACCUAAAUCUGGAAGAUCUUCAUUAGAGUGCAGCUAGGCGUGCAGUCAUAAAGUGUACAUGCAAUGACAGCAAGGGUUCAUCUGCAGAAGAAAGUUUAUAUUACCAAACAAAGAAUUCAAAAAGACUGGUAAAUGUAAAGACAUUUGUACAGUGUAUGUAAGAGACUCUGUCAUCUAACCAAGAAAUGAACCAUGUGUAAUCAUGUUAAAUAUGUAACGGAAUGUGACAUUGUAAAUAAAUCAAAUACUCAGUA